AAGUCAAAUCCUUCCUGCGGUAGUUUUUUUUAAAAUAAAUAGUUGUAUUUUUUGUUUCAUGCCAUAAUAAUAUGACUAUACAACAGAUAAAUUAGUACUUAAACCUGUGAUUAAGUGUGCAAUGUCACAGUUUUGAAGUUUAGAGGUAAAAAAGGUUUAAGUGUCAGUAGUCGCUGUCGGGACGAUUGAAACACCUGUUUCAAACGUCCCGCACAUAACCAUGCGUAAUUACGCGAACAUUGCACGAUCAUUACCUGUAUAAAUCACAGAAUUAAUAAAUGUUUUGCAAUGAAUAACACUGCUUUGAAUUAAUAACAUAUUUUGAAUGAACAAAACGUGUUUAUCACAUGCAUCAACAGAUUAUUACUGAGUGAAAAAUGCCGCGCGUGAGAAGGAGAACCACCUCCCGUGGGCUGGUUCCUGCAUGGGUGUAUGCCAGGGCCUGCAGCAAGGUCAAUUCUGGGAGCUCAGUGAGGCAGGCAGCGUUGGCAAACAACAUAAAUCAUGUGACGUUGUCACGCUACCUCAAGCGGAGGGCAGAAGAGGGCAGUGAAGCGGCUAGGUCCCCUGGCUAUAACCCGCACAAUAGGGUUUUUAACGCAGCGCAGGAGGGAAAGGUCAGGGACUACCUGAAGAGGGCAGCAGCCAUUUAUUUUGGGCUCACCCCUAAUGAGGUCAGUGUUGUGAAAAGGGCUACAUAAGUUUUAGGACAGGCACACAUGUAUGCUAUGCACAUGCUUUAAUUAAUUAAUAUGAACAAAUAACAUAAACACAAUUUGCCUUUGAGCUGGCAGUGCACUUCAGCUGCCCAUUCCCUGCAUCCUGGUCGAGGAAGAGCAUGGCGGGGAAGGACUGGUUCACCUCCUUCAUGGAGCGCAGUGGCAGCCACUCCCUUCGGCGUCCAGAGGCCACUAGCCAACAACGGUUGUCUAAUUUCAACCAAAGAAAUGUCAACUUGUUCCACCAAAAUUUAAAGACGGUGCUGGACCGGCACCAGUUCCAGGCCAAGGAUAUUUGGAACAUUGAUGAAACCGGGGUCACCACUGUCCAGGUGCCAGACCGUGUCGUCGCCCAGAUGGGGCAGAAGCAGGUCGGGUCAGUGACCUCAGCGGAGAGGGGGACCCUGGUCACAGUUGCCUUGGCAGGCAAUGCUCAGGGCGACCUUGUUCCGCAAUUCUUCAUCUUCCCACGUAAGCGGUUCAAAGACCACUUCCAGAGGGGUGGACCCGUUGGCUGUGCUGGCAGCGGCAACCCAACUGGAUGCAUGAAGGAGCCAGACUUCCUCCUGUACCUGGCCCACUUCACCAGUCACACCCGUGUUUCCAAGGAGUCGAAGCUGCUCCUCCUGCUGGACAAUCACCCGUCCCACCUGUCAAUUGCAGCAAUUGAUUACUGCAGAGCCAAUGGCUUAGUGCUGCUGUCAUUCCCUCCCCACUGCACCCGCAGGUUGCAGCCAAUGGACAUUAGUGUCUUCGGCCCCCUAAAGGGGUACGUAAACAGUGCGGCGGACAGGUGGAUGAGGAGCCACCCAGGGAUCAACAUCUCAAUUUAUGAUGUGCCCUCCAUCGUUGCUGAAGCCUUACCAGAGGCUGCGACAGCAUGGACGUACCUGAACGAGCUGCCGGGCCUGCAGAAGCUGCCGGGCCUGACGAAGCUGUCCGGCCUGAGGGAGAUGCCGUUGAAUUCAGCCCGGACAUCGACAACUGCUAUACUGACGGACACCCCGGUGAGGGCUGCUUUAGAGGCGGAAAAGCAGGGAACUGUGAAGCAGUGUCGUCCCGCCAAGCAGCCUCCCUCCUCUCGGGCUCCCAAGAAGAGGCUCUUCUCGCCCGCUCCUGAAGCCGCCCCCCUUGCUGGAGUCACACCUGGUGCCACCUCAGCUGCUCCUCCCACCAUCACCGGGCCCGCUGAUGGAGGCAGCCCCACCUUAGGCCUAGUGUGUCCUGUUCCGGAGGCAGCAGAGUUCACCACUAUUGCUGCCUCUACUUCUCCAAUUUAUUUAGGCCUAUCCAGCGAGGACGUCAGCUGCCUCGUGUGCUGCGAGCUCUUCAGCGCCUCCAUGCCUUGGGAAGAGUGGGUCCAGUGUGUCUUUUGCUACAAGUGGUCGCAUGAGGCUUGCACCGACGGGAGUGCACACUACCUGUGUCACCUGUGUGACAAAGAAUAA